AUGCUUCGCUACGCUUUGCUCGUCGCCCCACUCGUCAUCCUUAUCGCUGCCGAAACCCCAAAUGAGAAGCUGAAGCAGUGCUGCGCCACUCUCAAGGACGCCGACAAGGAAUGCGUCAGCAAGUUCUGCGACUUCAACGCCAUUUCGCAAGCCAACAUUCUCAACUUCCUCUCGACGUGCCAGGAGCGCGGACCGACCGUCGGACAGAUGUGGGAUUGCGCUUCGCUUCGCCACGAUCACACCGAGUGCUGCAAGUCGAAGGGUGUCGAAGGCAAGUGCCUCGAGUACUGCGCCGCCCAUGACGGUGUCCCAACCAACUAUCUCGACUACGUCUUCUGCACGGAGAACUUCAACGAGAUCCGCGAGUGCUUCCAUGAGCAUCUCGAUAAGAACCCAGCGUUCAAGAAGUUGUAA